AUGAAUGCGCUAAAAGAAGAGGUCGUAGCCUCCAGCAAUACCGUCGCCUCUGUCACCUCAACCGCUGUGUCAGCAGGUCGUUCCACCGCCUCACGUUCUGUGGCGGCAUCCGCACCUUCCGCCUCUGUUAGAGCAGCCGCCAGUCGCCCAGUUGCCGGACUCCUAAGUGGAGCGGUUCGUACUGAAGCAACACACGCAGUAGCAGCUGAAACCCAGUCGGUACUAGCCAAUCUCUCCACGGCAGCCACGGAAGGAUCAGCGCUCUCUUCAGUACUCGGCGGGACCAUGAAUAUUGAAGGCGGAAUCGCCCGAGGCAAGCUGCCUGAGUUGCGGGAAUUGCGGGAGCAAAUAUCUCAAGCAGCACAACAAGGGUUCGAGGAGCUCGCUGGCGACCAAGCGCCCCGAAUAGAGCCGCCACUAACUCUUACCGAAACUGCUCAGCAAAUCGAGGAGGUUAUAGCCGCUAAGUGA